AAAAAAUUUAGAGCAUUUUCGUACAAAAUUUUGGCUUAACAUGACUUCAUAAAUUGUUCCGUAAAAUACAUAAUAAUGAUAUAACUGUAUCAACUAUAAAAUAAACUAUGGAAAACCGAACUUCAUCCACUGACUGUAUUUCGGAAUCAAAAUUACGCAAAGUAAAGACAAACGAAAGCGUCAGAUUCUUAAAUAAAUGUUCUAAUAUAAUCCGUAACAACACUUCUAAACGGUCUAAAAUUGAGUGCAGGAACAGGAGACAAUCUUCAUGUAAAGAAGUGGAUUCAGUGGAUGAGUUCAAUAAUGCGAUGCGUAUCCUUUGUAAUCUUCUCAAACAAAAAUCUGAUGAAAAGAUAAAGGAGUUCGAAAUACUUCGUCGAAUAUUUAAAGAGAAAGAAAAACAAGGUAUUGAUAUGUGUUGUGAAAGAGGAGCCUUGGGAAUAAAAGAACAUCUCUUUUUUUCAUCUAUUAUCAAUUUAAAGCAUUUACUAGUUAUACUAAUUCUCCAAGGGUUAAAGGAAUAAAACAUACGUUUAAGGGACUAAAGCGUUUCAAAUAAAUUAUAGAAAUUUAAAUAACUAUCUUUAUAAACGUUUUAACAGAAACUUGAAACCUGUAACAGCAAUAAAAUUAUACUUUUCUCAGUAAUAAAGAAUUUGUCACAGCAAUA